AUGGCGCUCAUCACGACCCUCCUGAAGGCGCUCAAGUACCAGAGCGCCGACACGUUCAGGGUCGACGAUGAGGCAGCGUUUAGGAAGCUCGUCGUGUGGUUAGAAGACACCAAGAUCCGGCUGUACAAGCCCGCCGACCGCACAGCCCUGCGUGCCGUCAACGACGCCUCCUGGCCGUCAACCUUUGCCAAGUACCUCGCCGCCAUGGAGUGCCCCCUGGGGGGCGACGGCGCACCGAGGGCGCAGGCGCUCGAGUGGAUGCUCGUCCAGGCCGUCGGGUUCGAAUACCAGGACAACGCGGAGAAGUACACCGCCGCGGCCGCGACCGCCGCGAAGUCCGCGCCUCCCUCAGCAGCAGCGCUUGUGGAGACUCCGGAGCUCGCCGCCGCCGCGAACGACCUCUGCGCCGCCCUGGGCGUGCCGGCGCAGGGGUCGCUUGCGCAGCGCCUGACGGCCGCGGCCGACGCAGCAGCCGCCCUGGCGGCGCCGUCCGCGCAGGAGGCCGCACCGCUGCUGGCGUCGAUGGGGGCCCCGGCCGCGCUGGGGCUGCUGCCGCCCGGGUUCGACACGGGCGACGCGCAGCUGAACAAUGCGGCGUCGGUGCUGCGGGCGCUGUUCGUGCGGGACCUGCGCGCGCUGCAGACGGCGGUCGACCGCGCGCUGGUGGAGGUGCAGGAGCUGACGGCGGACCCGCGGACGGACAGCAAGCUCGGGAAGGUCGGGCGGUGA